UGCCGUAUUCCAUGUGCCAGCAGCAGACACCCGAGUGGACGGUGCGCGAGUUCCCUCCAAUCGUCGGCCUCGAACUCCUCGAUGGUAUCGAGCGCAGGCGCUUUGUUCUCUCCUUUCUUUGGUGCGUCAUCGUCGUUGCACCAGUCGUGGCGGCCGGCCAAUCCUACGUCGACCUGCCAACCGCGUCGGCACCAUGGCGCAGCCCAAUCGUGUGGGGCGCUGCGUGUGUGCUUGCAGUCUUUCUCAAGUUUUCGAUUCGGUACUGCAGCACGUGGCCCACCGCGCGCCGUGUGGGCGCCUACUACUGGCAGCAGAUGUACGGCACGGACGUCCGGCACACAACGUUGGGUCACUUUGUUCGCUUGGCCGAGUACCACAUGGAGAAAUUUGGCCCCCACGCGUCGCUCGAAGAGAUCCAAGUGCACUACUGGACGCGCUGGUCGAUUUGGUCGGUGGUUGUGCUGACGUUUUUGGCGACGAUGGUCUGGUACAACCAGAUUGUGCUACCGGUCCCGACGAUCUACCUUGCUGGUGUCGUGGCGGUGACGGCGGUGACGGUCGCGCUGCAGUACCUCUAUGUGCAGCUUCCACUCUACGCUGCACUGCAACUCUGCCCCGAGCUUGGCAUGACUGCGAUGAGCGACGAGCGAAUUCCAUUUGCGAUGCCCAUCUGAGUCCUCGGUCGCGCUGCGUUUUUGAACCCUUGCGAUGCGAAGGAUAUAGUGGUAUCAACCGCUAUGCACUGCGCGCGAUGAACCGAAGAAAUAAUGCAGUCGUG